AUGUCAUCUAUUACCAAAGGCUUGAGCAAGCUAGCCCGUCCGGUGGCACGGAAACCAUGCUUGAAUCAGGCUCGUACUCUGGCAUCGGUCACGGACUACAAUGUCGCCAAAUUAGCCGCCACAAUGCCCCCCGGCCACAAAGCCACGGUUGCUCAGCUUGAGACCUUCACCUUACCAGACAGGGUCACUGGUAGCAAAGGUGAUAUCGCUAUGGGCAAGGCUCUUGUCGAGGCCUGGCGUCGUGACGGCAUCCUCCAGGUCUCGAUGAAUGACAAGCAGCGAUUCAUUUUCAACGAUGCAACAGCAGCCAGCAAGAAAUUCUUUGCCAAGACCCAUGAAGAAAAGGCUGCGUGCGUGGACUCCCAAAGCUACUCUGGCUACAUCGCUUCCGGUGAAGAGAUCACCGACGGCAUUGCGGACUACUCGGAAAUAUUUACCGUCACCAAAGAUUUAGACCUCGCUGAGCCCCGUGUUCGUGCGAAGUGGCCAUGCCAUGGUCCUGUUCCCUGGCCCGACUAUGAAAUGAAACAGCCCAUGACUACCUAUAUGGAUUACCUCGGCGAGAGUGGGGAAAAGUUGCUCCAGCUCACAGAAUUGGGCCUAAAUGUUCCUUCCGGUUCUCUCACAAACCUCACUGAUGACGGGUGGCACCACAUGCGCAUUCUCAGGUUUCCUCCUACCCAUAACACCAACGGCAAAGGCAAAGAUGGUCGCGGCAUUGGCUCCCACACCGACUACGGAUUGUUGGUCAUUGCUGCCCAGGACGAUGUUGGCGGUCUUUUCAUUCGCCCCCCCUAUGAUGGCGAGAAAUUUGCCAACUGGGAGAAGAGCUCGGCCGGCUUAAAGGAGGAGGAUGAGGGCUGGCACUACGUGCCUCCCGUUCCGAAUGUUUUCACCGUCUUCCCCGGCGACGUCAUGCAAUACAUCACUAACUCCUACUUGCCCUCCACUCCUCACAAGGUCGGCCUGAACACCCGCGACCGGUUCGCGUUUGCUUACUUCCACGAGCCCAGCUUCCAGGCCGUUGCCAAGCCUUUACCAGGCUACGAUGCUGGACAGUCUCCAAGGGAGGGUAUUCACUACGGCACACACUUCACAAAUAUGUUUCUGAGAAAUUACCCGGAGAGGGUUACAACCAAGAGGAUGAAUGCAGAAAACCGCCUUGAUCUUUUGCAGAAGGAUGAGCUCCGGUCUAAAGGUUCGGACAGAGUUAUGCCAAGCGCUAGGAAACAGACCUAG